AAACAGCCUCCCCUGCAGAGCAGGGAGCCCGAUGUGGGGCUCCAUCCCAGGACCCUGGGAUCAUGACCUGAGCCAAAGGCAGACACUUAAUGGACUGAGCCACCUGGGUGCCCCUAGACAGAGCAUUAUGGACAUCACCUAGAUCAUUGGUUCCUAGCCUGGCUACUCAUUAGCAUUAUGUGGGAUAAACUAAAGAGCUGAUGCCCCAAACCCCAUCUCCAGAGAGUCCCAUUCCAUUUGUUGGAGGAUUAGGCCUAGACAUUGUUCUUUUGUAGAAGCUCAGCCAGGAUUGAGGAGGAUUCCCCUAGAAUAGAGGUCUUGACUUUGGCAUAUAUUGUAACCACUUGAGGAACUUUGAAAAAUACUGCUAACUGGGUCUGACCCAGGGAUUCUGAUUUAAUUGGUCUGGGACGAGGCUGGGCAUCAGGAUUUCUAAGCGCUCCCCAGAGAAUUUAAUGUGCAUCCCAGCACGAGACCCAGUGCCCUGGACCAACGAUUUCAUUUUGCAGAUGGGAAAACGAAGCCUAGAGGUGGCAAUGUAUUCCAAAGUCACACAGCAAAGGAGUGAGUGCAGAGAACUUCUCUCAUACUGCAGAGCACAAAGCACUCACCUCUUUAUUUGUAUCUCUGAUCCGUUGCUUCCAUUACAGAUAAUCUCAUUUAAUCCUCACAACUUCUGGUGAGGGAGUGGGUAGUCAUUACUUCCACCUUACAAAGGAGAGUAUCAAGGAACAAAACUGUCCAAGUGACUUGCCCAAGGUAGAGGUAAGAACCUAGAAUGUCCUGGUCCAGCACUCUCUUAACCCCAUGCCAUUGUCAUAUACAGGUUCUAGAAUGAACAGGUCAGUGCUGUGAGGUGGGUUCCAGGUGUAAAGGGGAGGGACUAUGAGGUGACAUUCUAGAAUGGUGGAAAGGGUAGGACUGGAGGCAGACAACUGUUCCCUCACAAACGGGGGCUUUGGGGCAGCCAUGUCCUAUUUCGUGUCUCCACAAACUCAUCAAGGUCUUCUGCCUUCCAGCCAAGGUGGGGCUGUUUCUCCAGGCUCAUCCCUUGGCCUCUAUAGUCCUAUAGAGCCAGUGGUGGUGGCCUCUAGCGGACUAGGCCCACUGGGCCAGAAAGCUGAGCAGGUGGCACCUGUUGCCCAGGCCUGGGGUCUGGCCCUGGCAGUGCCGGAAGCCAGGGGCUGCCCUGGGGGAGCUAGCUGGGAGACACUGCAGCGGAAGGAGUAUGGCCGAUACAACCACAAAUUCCCCCAUGCAAGACAGCCGGAGAGCUUGGGCUGGGAGGAUGGAUGCUCCAGAAGCAGAGCUCCCCACCUGGGUGGCCCUGGCAGGCCCGGACCCCUGCUGCUGUGUGGGCUAUCACCAGGGGUUCUACCGACGUCCUCUGAGGCAGUGGGGAAGGAGGCCGGCUCCCAGCCUGACAUCUGCAUCCUCACCCUGGCCAUGAUGAUCGCUGGCAUCCCCACCGUGCCUGUCCCAGGCCUGCGGGAAGAGGACCUGAUCCGGGCGGCUCAAGCUUUCAUGAUGGUGCAUCCGGAGCCAGAGGGGGCCAUGGAGGGGGCGCGGUGGGAGCAGGCACGUGCCCACACAGCCUCUGGGCAAGCGCCUCUAAUGAGAUCCAGGAGAGGCCAGCCUCCUGGCUCCUGCUUGUAGCUGGAUGAAAUAGCACCAGACACAUA